AUGUGUGUCACACACAUCUACACGGACCGUUUCCCAGACGGCCACACUAAAUACUUCCGCCAGACGCGAAACUGUCAGUUUGGAAGUCCAUCUCGUCCCUGCCCCACUGCUAGUACAACAGAAGAGGCAACACGAAAUCUCAACUGGGGCGAGCUCACAGCCGAGCAAAUCUUGAAUACACCUCAACUUCAACGACCCUUCACACCUCCUCGCUCCCCAGUUUCAUCUCAUCACAGACAUUCAUCUUCUGAAUCAAAUGGCCAUCGACGAAGACAUAGCAAACAUCUUUCACCUCUUCGUCCAACUCGUCAACACCGCAAGACAGAGAGAAUUGUCAUUGUUGACUCACUUCUAACUCCUCGUACACCACCUCAACACUACAACCAUACAUUCACCGCUCCCUCUUCACCAAUCGCACCACCAUUCCGCUCUCACGAGCGUGAACGUGGAAGACCUGUGAUUGUCGACGAGCGUCCGUUCCGUCGAAAUCCAUCAGUGGGAGCCGUGGUUGGAGACCGCUUGACUCCAAGAAACUCGCGCGAAUACUCUCGCAGCCGACACGUCACAUGGGAUUCUCCAUCAAACUCUCACACAUACUUCAACUCCCGUCUCCGCCGAGAAGAAGAAGAAACCAAACGCCUCCUUGAGAAACGAGAACAGGAUCGACAAAUCCAACGAGACAUCGAGGUGAAAAAGCUCGAGAAAGAAAAGGAUCUCGAAGAUCGUCGUCGUCGGAAGGAAGAAUUCUUCCGACGUCAGGACGAGGAAAUUCGAAGCAGACCAGCUGUUCCGCUUACUGCUCCAAUGCCACCGCCAUUACGACGACAGCAAACCCAACUUUCUCAUCGUGUCCCGGCUGUCACUGUUGUGGAACAGGAUGACGCGUUGCCUCUUAUGAUGGGUGGACUUGCCAUCCGGGAAGAUCGCAGCUCGAAGAGGAGAGAGCAGGAAAGCGAGGAGGCGAUGAAGCGGAGACUAAGAGAGAGACAGCUUCUGAAGAGACGGGCUAGUGUAGGGCCUGGGCAUCGACGACACAGGGUUGCCUACGACGACGGUCUAUACAGAUGGGAAUAA